UAUUUAUUUAAGCUAAAAAUCACAAUCCCGCAUGUGUUUACAUUUGCCACACAUGUUUUAAAGACUCCAUCACUGUAGUUUAAAGGGUGCCGAACGUAGAAGCGCCUCCAGUGACUAAGGAAUAUCAUAAAAGAAAGUAAUGUUGAUAGUUAAUAGGACGGUCAAUUUCACAAAGUUGAUAGCUGCUACCAAAUCGACGCUAUCACUACCAGAGUGCCGUUCAUUAGUAACUUCAUUCCAACGACACUCGAAAGGAUUUGCCGCCGCUAUGUCAGAAGCGCUAGACAAAUUAGAUCAGCAACAGGCGCAAAACAAAGUUGAAAGUGCCGCAGUGGCUGAACAAUUAAAAGAUACGAAACGUCAGAAACGUGAAUUAAAACGGAGAAAAUGGGUUGACUGGAAGACACAGGACGAACUGGCCGGAGAUACAAAGCGACCAGCCUUUGAUCCGGCCGAUCGUGUGAAACGAAAAAAAUGUGCUUUGUUAUUGAGUUACUGUGGCGCCAAAUACUUUGGCAUGCAACGUAAUCCCGGUAUGCAAACGAUUGAAGAGGAACUCUUCAAAGCUAUGUUGAAGCACAAAUGGAUAACAGAGGAAAGCUUCGAGGCAGCACAAGCAGCGUGUUUUCAACGAGCUGCACGCACUGAUAAAGGUGUGUCUGCUGCACGACAAGUUUGCUCGAUAAAAUUGCCCGAUUCAAUUGACAUCAAAGCUAUAAAUGACGAUUUGCCAGGAGAUAUACGUGUCUUUGGCGUCGAGCGUGUUACAAAAGGUUUCAAUGCCAAGGAUCAGUGUAAUGCGCGUACGUACACAUACACAUUGCCAUCCAUAGCUUUUGCGGAUUUCACACAGAAACAUGAUUUCGAGAGCUAUCGCACUGAAGCUGCACAUUUGGUAAAGAUAAGAGAUGUCCUGCAAUUGUAUGAGGGUACUAAAAACUUUCACAAUUUUACCAGCAGAAAAAACUUCUUAGAUCCUUCAGCGAAACGAUUUAUUAUGUCAUUUAGCUGCUCUGACCCAUUCGUUACGCCACAAGGUUUAGAAUUCCUCACACUCAAAGUAAAGGGUCAAAGUUUUAUGCUUCAUCAAAUUCGUAAAAUGGUCGGUUUAGCGAUAGCAAUUGCACGCGGCAAUACCACGACAGCUACAUUGGACCGUGCACUGGCCGAAGAGCGUUUAGACUUGCCAAUGGCACCUGGUUUGGGUUUAGUGUUAGAUACCGUCCACUAUGAACGCUACAAUGAACGUUACGGCAGUGAUGGCAUACACGAACCAUUAACUUGGGCUAAGCAAGAGGCUGAAAUAAAAGAUUUCAUUGAACGGUAUAUCUACUCCAAUAUAUAUGAAACAGAGUAUAAGGAGCGUCCUAUGCUGGAAUGGUUGGAAACUUUACCCUUGCAUUCGUAUGAUGCGCGACGUGAUGAUGUGCAAACCACACCAAACAAUGAAGAUAGCGCGAAUAAAAGAAAAGAUGAUGACGACGAUGAAUAAUGCAAAAUGUAUUCAAUAUAUGUUUUGUUAAAUAAAUGGAGGAAAUAAAUUUAUAAACAAUCUAUUUUAAA